GCUCCAAGCUUGGUUGUUUUCAUCAGUGCUAAGAUUACUUUCAGCCAUCCAGCUUCUGUCCUUCCUGGUCGUGUCGUCCUCUGUGAAUACCUGAUCACAGGUUGUUCUGUUUCCUCUGCAGACAUGGCCUCAGCUCCAGCACAGCAGCCCACCCUCACUGUUGAGCAGACCAGAGUGGUACUGAGUGAGGUGAUCCAGGCCUUCUCUGUACCAGAAAAUGCUGCGAGGAUGGAGGAGGCUCGAGAAAGUGCCUGCAACGACAUGGGCAAGAUGCUGCAGCUUGUGCUCCCCGUGGCCACCCAGAUUCAGCAAGAGGUUAUCAAAGCUUACGGCUUCAACAACGAAGGAGAGGGUGUCCUAAAAUUUGCCAGAUUGGUGAAGAUGUAUGAAACCCAGGACCCUGAAAUUGCAGCCAUGUCAGUUAAACUUAAGUCUCUCCUCCUGCCACCGCUGUCAACACCACCUAUAGGAGGCGCCAUUCCAGCUUCAUAGGAUUUCCAUAUUUAUAUUCAUUGGUCAACAGCAAGGUUGCUUUCAUCUAAUGCUUUGGAUCAGCAUGGACAUACUGUAAUUCCAAUAUCUUGUCGAUCACCUACUUUUCUUUCUUGAGAAAUAAUGGAAAAAUGAUAGUUUCAAGCUUGAUACACUAAUACGUUCCAUCAAAGACAAAUUCAUACUUAACCUACAUUAUGGUCGCAUUUAAAGCAUCCUUGCAAAAACGUGUUAAAUUAUUGCUUUUUAAAUGUAUCAGUAUUUAUUUGUGACAUGUUACACUUUGACCAUUUUCUUACAUUAUUGAACCUUAAACAUUUCCUUUAAUGCCAUCUUUUUUUUCUCAUUUUAAACCAUUUUUAUAUACUGUCAGAUGUCACUUUUGUUACAUAUUAAAAGGUUUUC